AUGGAUUUAGGAUUCUUGCAAACACUUGAUGUCGAGAUUCUUGCUGCUGUAGCUGUGGCUGUUGUGGCCAUUGUUUUGGGUGCUGUCUUUCUCUUUUCCUCGAAAAAGCCUAAAGGCUGCUUAGAUCCAGAAAAUUUCAAGCAGUUUAAACUUGUGAAGCGUGUCCAGUUGAGCCACAAUGUGGCGAAGUUCACAUUUGCACUUCCUACACAGACUUCUGUUUUGGGCCUUCCUAUUGGACAGCAUAUAAGUUGCAGGGGCAAGGAUAGUCAGGGUGAAGAGGUUAUCAAACCAUACACGCCAACUACAUUGGAUUCUGAUGUUGGGCAUUUUGAAUUAGUCAUUAAGAUGUAUCCACAAGGAAGGAUGUCCCAUCAUUUCAGAGAGAUGAAAGUUGGUGAUUAUCUUGCUGUCAAGGGACCCAAGGGGCGAUUUAGGUAUCAACCUGGCCAGGUUAGAGCAUUUGGGAUGCUUGCCGGAGGCUCUGGCAUUACUCCAAUGUUUCAAGUUGCUAGAGCCAUAUUAGAGAACCCCAAGGACAAGACGAAAGUGCACCUCAUUUAUGCUAAUGUUACAUACGAGGACAUUCUUUUAAAGGAGGAAUUGGACACCCUUGCUGAGAGGUACUCUAGUCGCUUCAACGUCUACUAUGUUUUGAAUCAGCCUCCUGAAGUAUGGGAUGGUGGUGUUGGCUUUGUAUCAAAGGAAAUAAUUCAAACCUACUGCCCUGCACCAGCACCUGAUAUCCAGAUUCUAAGAUGUGGACCACCACCUAUGAACAAGGCCAUGGCUGCUAACCUUGAAGCUCUUGGAUACGCAGCUGAGAUGCAGUUCCAGUUCUGA